UACCUGGGCCCCUGGGGGGGAGAUGUAAGAAAAAUUACCAAUUUGACCCUUAGUCCCAGUGUUAUAUUUGGUUAUUUACUAAAAUCUCCUUUUGGUGGAGAAGGGUGGAUUGUUAGUGUAGAUGAUUUAGAAGAUAUAAUUGGUGGGCAUGUAUGGUUGGGUUUUAUUUGUGUAUUUGGCGGAAUUUGGCAUAUUUUAACCAAACCCUUCGCAUGGGCUCGCCGUGCAUUUGUAUGGUCUGGAGAAGCUUACUUGUCUUAUAGUUUAGCUGCUUUAUCUGUCUUUGGUUUUAUCGCUUGUUGUUUUGUAUGGUUCAAUAAUACAGCUUAUCCGAGUGAGUUUUAUGGACCCACCGGGCCAGAAGCUUCUCAAGCUCAAGCAUUUACUUUUCUAGUUAGAGACCAGCGUCUUGGAGCUAAUGUGGGAUCCGCUCAAGGACCCACAAGUUUAGGUAAAUAUCUAAUGCGUUCCCCAACUGGGGAGGUUAUCUUUGGAGGGGAAACUAUGCGUUUUUGGGACCUUCGUGCUCCAUGGUUAGAACCUCUAAGGGGCCCCAACGGUUUGGACUUGAGUAGGUUGAAAAAAGACAUACAACCUUGGCAAGAACGACGCUCAGCAGAAUAUAUGACCCACGCUCCUUUAGGCUCUUUAAAUUCCGUGGGUGGCGUAGCUACCGAGAUCAAUGCAGUUAAUUAUGUCUCUCCUAGAAGUUGGUUAUCAACUUCUCAUUUUGUUCUAGGAUUCUUCUUUUUUGUGGGCCAUUUAUGGCAUGCAGGAAGAGCCCGAGCUGCUGCAGCAGGUUUUGAAAAGGGAAUCGAUCGUGAUUUGGAACCUGUUCUUUACAUGAACCCUCUUAACUAAGAUUUUCUUAUUUAUACCUGUUCUACUUUUUUUCUGUUCUGGCUCGGUUAUUCCAUCUAGCCGAGCCAUUCAUUCCUUUUUAUGAAAGAAAGAUAAGGGACAGAAAAAAAA